AUGUGUAGUGACUCGACCCCAGUAGCAUUAUAUUUAAAACGAGUUAAUCCGGAUAUUACUAAAAUUAUAAAUACCAUUAGUGCGUACCUGUUGGUAUGCCUUUUGGCAGGCGGUUACUGGAAUCUCCUGGUACCAGUAAAGGCUGAUGAGGUUCUUAGAGGUUCUAGUAGUCAACCAGCCGAAACCUCUUCAAAUUCUAGUUCAGCUCCACAAGCCGGAAUUGCAAGUAUCGAUCUGAACAUAUUAAAAAUCAAUUCUAGUGACACAUAUAAUUGUAGUAAACAUGGCCAAUAUGUAAUUUAUACUGCUAAGGGAAAUAACCGUUUCAAUUCUGUCAACGAAGAUAGUACCGAAGUAUGGAGAGCAACCGACUCCAAAAAUUAUUCCCCUAGGGUUGACUUAGACCUUAUCGAUAACAACCUCAAAGCAGUUACUAUUCACUUUCCAGAAAAAAAGACUAAGGUGUUUACUAAAAACGGUAACAACGAGCCUUGGAAUGAAAUUGAUACCACUAAAGUAAAUCCUAUGUCAGUCUACAUCGACUAUCCUCACGAAAGUUACAUUUGCAAAAGUGAAUUAAAAGGCGACAUUAGAAUAUUUACCGCCAAAACCGGUUUCACUUUUAAAGGCGCCCAUGAGUAUAUCGAUGAUAACAGAGUUGCAGUUUGGAAAGCAGAUACCCAGGAUGAUUAUGUGAAUAAAAUAGAAGUAGAUCUUAUGAAUGACGAUGCCAAAGCAGUUAUUAUUCACUUUGCAGAAAAAAAGACAAAGGUGUUAAUGAAAAGGUCUAUGUGCAGACCCUGGAAUGUGAUUGACACAUCCAAAGUAAACCCUAUUUCAGUGAAUAUACAGGACAAAUAUAAUACUUACUACUGUUAUAAUAGAUUGGAAAAUGGCAUUAGAACAUUUACGGCUAGAAAAGGAUUCUUUUUUAAUCGAGUUAAAGAUGGUAAUAUUGAUAUUUGGGCAACUUCCGAAGAGUCUGAAUAUGGUAAAAAAGUAGUGGCAGAAGGAAAUGAGGUAAUUAUAUACACAGGGAAUGAUGGAUCCGUAAUAGUGUUUACUAAGGAAUCUGAUGGUAAAUGGAUAGAAGAUACCUCAGGACCCACUACAGGACAAAGAGUUAGAUUAUUAAGGGCUAAUCCUUUAGUUGCUGAUAGUUUUUUAAAAUUAAGCUCUAAUGAGUACACCUUUUCUGAGAAUGGAAAUGUAGUUAUAUACCAUAUCGCAGACUCUGUUAAUUGUGCCCAAUUGUUGUUAGACGAUGCUUUAUUAUGGGUCUACGACUCUACACAUUAUGGUGGCAUACACCCAAGAUCAGUUUAUCAUGAUACGAGCACUGAUGUUUUAGUACUCAGGUUCGAAGGUUUAGAUAUGACUUUUGAAAAGAAUGAUAAAGGUCAGUGGGUAUUCACGGAGUCAGGUCCACUAGCAAUCAAAUUAUAUGUAGCUGAUCCUAAUGAUAACACCAACGCUUUAGAACUCCCUAGUACUCAAUAUACAGUAACUGAAAGUCGUGAUAUGACCACAUUCACUAUACCAGACAAUGUUAGUAUUAUCGCAUUAACGUAUGCUUCAAUUUUGUUGUGGCAGCAUAAUCCCAGUCAAUAUGGUGGCAUAUAUCCCAAUUCAAUGAAUUACAUAAAAAGUACAGACUCACUGGUACUUUGUUUUGAUGGAUUAGAUUUCACUUUUGUAAAGAAUGAUCAAGGUCAGUGGAUAUUCACUGAGUCAGGUCCGUUAGCCAUCAAACUACACGUAUCCGAUCCCAAUGAUCCUAAUAAUACUAUCAGGCUAGAUAACAGCCAGUUUACAGUAAUCGAAAGUGAUGAUACUACCACUUUCAUUAUCGCAGACGGUGUUAAUUGUGUCAAACUAAUAUAUGGUCAAGCUUUAUUAUGGCGAUACGACCCAGAAAACCAUGGUGGCAUCUACCCCAAUUCAUUAUUCUAUAUUAACAGUACUGACACACUAAUACUUCAAUUUGAGGGUUUAGAUGUGACAUUUUCAAGGAAUGCCAUAGGACAGUGGGUGUACACUGAGACUGAUACUUCUGGUGAAGGAGACACUGUAUCAGAAUCCGGUUAUUCUUCAGUAUUUGACCCAGAUGAAUUUGAUCCAAUAUCUGAAUCGGAAGGUGAAGAGUUUUUUGCAGAAAAUGAUCCUACUAUUGUAACACCACCAAUAUCUUCAUCUACACAACCAAGAGUCAGAUUAUUUAAGGCUAAUCCUUCCGAUGCAAAUAAUCCAUUGGAACUAGGUUCUAUUGAAUAUAGUUCUUCUACAAGCGGAAACGUGGUUAAGUACCAGAUUGCCAACGGUGUUAAGUGUUCCCAAGUGAUGAUUGACGAUGUUAUAUUGUGGGAAUACGACUCUUCACAAUAUGGAGGCAGAUAUCCCAGAUCAUUAUAUCAUGAUACAAGUACAGAUGUUUUAUUACUAAGGAUUACAGGUGUAGAUAUCACAUUUGAAAACACCGCUGAAGGUUGGAUAUUCACUGAAUCAGGACCACUAGCCGUCAAAUUCCAUGUAGUUGAUCCUAAUGAUAACACCAAGACUGUCGAACUCCCAACUACUCACUUAACGCUAAGUGAAAGUGGUGAUAUGACCACAUUCACUAUAGCAGACAAUGUUGAAACUAUCGCAUUAACCUAUGGUAAAGUUUUAUUAUGGCAACAUGAUGCUAAUAAACACAGUGGAAAGCAUCCCAAGUUAUUAUACUUUAUUAAAACUACAGACACACUAGUCCUCAGGUUUGAAGGUUUAGAUAUCGCAUACGCAAAGAAUAUUGACGGUGUAUGGGAGUACACAGAGACUGAUACGUCUGAUAGUGAAGCAGAUAAUGUAAAUAGAGAUGCUACUAUGAGUACACCUGAUCGAACACACUCAGUGUCUGAUAUUUUUAGUACUAUUAAUUUUAUUGAAUUAUGA